AUUCUGCCUGCUAUAUAAAUUCCUGGGUCUGGGUCUAGGAGAUAUCAGUCUAGUACUACAGAACCACCAGUUCACAACCAACAACCCAUUCAAAAUGUUCAAAUACUUCGCUCUUUGCCUGUUCGCCAUUGUGGCCUGCGUGUCUGCCAAGCCUGCCGUCCUGGCCACGCCCUUCGCCUACAGCGCCUACUCCUCCCCUGUGGUCGCCGCCUCCCCGUACUCCGCUGCCUACACCGCCGCUUACACCGCCCCCGUGGCCGCCGCUUACUCCGCCUACUCGUAUCCCUACGCCUCUGCCUACUCCGCCUACCCCUACGCCGCCUACUACCGUUAAGAAAGGAUCAAGGACACGGAAUUUCUGACUGCCGAAUCGGACCUGCAACAAGGAUAUCCCCCUCAUAUACUCAAAACCCUGCCUAUCUAUACACCCCUGCUUCUAGUUCGGCAGUACCCGUUCUAACCCACCCAAUUCUGGCUGCUGAAAGUAAAAAUAUGGGAACAGGACCUUCAAACAGGAAAGGAUUAAAUAUGUUGAAAUAAAUAUUGCAUUUUGCGUCAAACGUA